AUGCAAGCUGUUGACCGUUGUCAAAGCAGUCAUUUUGUAGACGUCGAUGCAAGGAAACCAUCUUUGCCCACUCUCCUAACAGAAAAAAUGCUUGCAACCUGGACUCCAACCGAAAGGCUUGUUAUCUUUUUAUGUGAAGACGGCAUCUUAUUCUCAGAUUCGUGGAUUGGGAACAAACAUGUAAUGAUUGUCGAUGCAGUCGGUGGAACGAAAUGGGACAUUAAUACAUAUGAUCUUAUAAGUGAAUACCAUAAUUUUGGAAAGAUACCCAUCUUCAAAUCCACAGGAGAAGACGUCUAUGCUACUUGCGAUAGUGAUAACAACGUUCCGGUGAUCAAGGAGUUAACCGAAACAGACCUAACAGCAAAGGACAAAUUGCAUGACAUUGUUGAGCUUACGGUAGAACCAUGGUACUUUCAGAACAAUCGAACUACAACAAUAUUUCUGCUAGACGAUUACAAUAAUCGAGUGCUUCUUUUCGGCAAACAGACAAUACAGAU